GGAAAUUGAAUCAACAUUUUGUAUGCGUUGGUAGAAACCAGGCCUGCGUAUAUCGUCAAUUAAAUUUUGCUGGAAAUAUGGAGCUUAAAUAUAAUGCUGUAUCAUUCUGGCGUUUAUUAAUACAUAGAGGCCUACUUUCUUGCGAGUUUAUUUAAGUUGUAUGGUAGGCCUAUAUCUUGGACGUUCACAAAUGCAGUAAAUGGUAUUCGAAGUUUGUUUUAGUUGAAUUUGUGUUAUUUUGUGUGCUUUAUGUACAGCCUGGACGUUGGCAGAUUCUGUAGAUGGCAAUCGAGUCUUAAUACACUGCUGAGUGGGGAAACCUUAUUUUUCUUGGCUUUACAACAUCGACCAAGCGGAGCAAGCUUCAUCUAUAUCAUGUAUAAAAUGGCGCCUUGACUAGAAUAGCAUCCAGUAUUGCACGAAGCCAAGAGAAAAGGAUGUUUUGCGUUAGAAUAAGACAAGAAAUCCCGUAUACAUUGUCAAUUAAUUCUACUGCAAAUAUGGAGCUUUAAUGUUUUAUCAUUCUAGAGUCUAAUCCUUGCUCGUGAGUUUGUUUCGGCCGUAUUAACUUGGACGGUCGUAAAUGCAAUAGAUGGUAUUCGAAGUGUUUUUUUUUUAGUUGACCUUGUAUUAUUUUCAUGGUUUAUCUAUAUUUCAGACGUUCACAGAAAUAGUAGAAAGGAAAUAGGGAAUAGGAAAUUGAGUCUUCAAGUUACAUCGGGGAAACCUUAUUUUUCUUGGCUUCACAACAUGUCGACCACGCAGACCAAGUUUCUUAUAUAAAAUGGCGUCUUGACUAUUUAUAAUAAUAGCUACCAGUCUUGUAAGAAGCCAAGAGAAAAGGAUGGUUUUUGUUUUGAGAAUUCGACGGGAUGAUUCAUUAUCUAUUUGAGAGCGGCCUUUUUUUAUUGGUGAUUGCGACCCAUUAAACAGAUUAAUGAUCUAUACUAGAGAAGAGAUAAGGUAACUUAGAAGCUCGGCCCGGGUGCCUGGUAACGCAACGCGAUAUGUGCGACCAGACGGAACGCUGCCUUUUUGGCAACUGUCGUCCUCUUGAUACAAAGCACAUUUUGUGAUAGCACAACGAGCUAGAAGUCUUGGUAUCACUGCGAAAUUACUGGAGGCUGAUAUUAAAAGGAGAUGAUGAUGAUUUGUUUUUAUUCGUGUUGUUGUUACAAAGAACUAUCGAACAAUUCAGCCUUAUGCAUGCCGGAUAUAAUUACUACAAAGCACACAAUUUUGUAAUAGUACAACAAGCUACAAUUAUACUCUGCAGAAUAAAGGAUGAACAUACUUAUGAACAUAUUAAGUUCUGGAAUGAUUACACCGUUGAUAUCUACCGGGUAUAUGCAAAGCACUUUUUAUUUUGGUGAUAGUAGAAGUCUUACUGUGGAAUUAUUGAAGAAUGAGAAGGAGAUUCGUCUACUUUUGGAAAUAACCUCUGCUAUUGAGCCUCUACCAGUACAAGUUGAAUGAUCAUCAUGUCAUAAUACACUGUGCUUGAUAUAGGAAAACAGAACCUUUCUUAUUUUGGACUUAUGCACACAAGAACAAUAGACUAUAUUGUGCAUUUUCUAUCCCAUAUAAAUGGACGAUUGUGAAUCGUUACUUGAUUCGUUUUGUGGAAUUGUGCGGACAUCUUUGCAAACAAUAGGUAUAUUAUAAAUCUAUAAUUGUUCUUUAACAAUUUAUAUUCCCAAAUGAUGUGAAACUCGACGACUUUAGAAAUACAACAGAGUAGCUUCUUUCCUUCGUGGAUUUAAAAGAUUCAUCCCUGGGUAUUUAUGACAUAUUGUACCAUAACAUUUCUAUGGGAUACAGCCAUCGUGACGAUAACGGAAUACAAUGUUCAUUCGAGCCGCAGAUCAUGAACAUCAUGCAUGGUUGCCAUGCAAAUCAAGCAUCGAGGAAUGCCAGUGACGAUAUCUAUACCUGAUAAAGGAAUUACGGAUAUAUUAUUUCCCCAACAUUGACUUUGUGAAUUAAGCUGACAAUGACCCGGAUACCCGAACUCGGUGCCACCCUCUCGGUCUCAAAAUUGGACACAGCGCUGAAGGAGAGAAAGUCUUUGACUAAGAGAGGGCGCCACACGUCGCAAAGAAAGACCGAGAGAUCAUAUUAUGAUGCAAGUGGCUAUAACAAGACUGUUGAUCCCGACGGAGGUGGUGACGGACCGCUAAGUAUUACUGAUAAUAGCGCACCUUCUGUUAAUAUAGCAAAACCGACUUACGAGCAAUGCAGAGAUGUAUUAAAGAAAAAGAGACUGAGGAAUGGACGAUCAAGCCCAGAUGAUAAAGAAAGAAAUAAGAACUUCGGUAUAUCCUCUACCGCAGCGAAGCUAUCCCCACGUUUAGCGGGAAGCACCGAAAAACGCCGAAUACAUUCCAUUAGGAAGGCCGACCAUGGAAAUGCGUUGUCUCCAGCCGAAUCGGAAACUCAAGAGGACGAAUUAUGCACAGACAUUGUCCAUAGCAGCGAUAAUGAUGGUGACAACGACGACAGUGAUGAUGACGAUGAAGAGGGUGAUGGCGUUUGUGGCGCAGACGGAAAGGCUGUCGGCGAUAGGAAAGUUAUUAAUGUUAAAUCUGAUAAAACAGUGAGGCCGCACUCAGACAGCCGAAUAUCGAUAUCGCAGUCACGGAAGGAAAGAGCCCGGAAAACAAGUCUCAGAUCGGGGGAAAUAUCCCACCCAUUUCACGAUACGACUCCACGGCCUCCAAACCACCAGGUGUCUCGCAACUCUUCAAGAGCAUCAAGAACAUUUCCAGAGGAAUUGGGAUCACCAGUUGGUGAAAGUAUUGGAUCCGAGAGCAAUAUACGACAAAUCUGGAGAAAAGAGUUGGGUCUCGACGUCAGACCUCCCCGCCGCCAUUUCGCACCUAAAGAAUACAUCACAGGGUUGGCGGUUGGUUACCCGGGUCAGAAGGCAGCACAAUCUCAGAAGACAGUUACAACCACUGUAGUUCCCACUAAACAUUCUUUGAGUGAGAUCCAAAAAAGACGCAAGGUCCUUCCACCAAUAGACGGUAAAUCGAAAUCAAAGACCACUACCUGUGAUAUCGAAAAGCCACCCGCUCCAGACCCAGUGAAGGACAUCAACGCACUUGCUGCAGACUUAUGCAGAGGUGCCUCUCUAGAAACAGGGAACCGUGAAGCCGAAGCUGUGUAUCGAACGUUCCGCGAUGCACGAAAGCAUGCAUUCUUUGAUCUCGACUCCGACAUCGGCAGUGCGAGAUCGAAAUACCUCCGUCCCUGCGCCGCUCCGCCGAAUUCCGACGAUGAAGAGGGGGAUGGUGACGAAACUGUUCGAGAGGAAUGGAAUGAUUCGUCCUAUACACGCAUCGUGCGCAUUUCCUCGCCAGAGAAUGACGGCGAGACUGUCAUCACCCAUACUGUUGACGCAUCAAAGGUGUUUGACUUUGGAGGUCGUGUCGUUCGAAAGACGCAGAUCGACGUGUUUCUACCGUCCGAGCUACCGGAUGAUGACAUCCAAGGCGGGGAUGACGAAAAAGGCAGUAGCGAGAAUGAGGACCGUAAAAACCAGGGAAACGGAACUGAGGAAAGUGUCAGUGGUUUAAUCGAGCAAAAACAUAACAAUAGCAGAGAACAAAGAAACAGAACAAAUAAAAUACAACGUGAACAAAUUGACAAUGAUCAGAAUUUUUCUUCCUCCGAAGAGGACGAUGAAGCCUGUGAUGAUACCGGUUCUGACGAAAGUUACGAAAGUGACGAUGACGAUGAAGAUGACGAUGAUAAUUGAGAGGGAUUCGCGGGAAUAGUUACAGCAGGACAAAAUUGUCCAAUAGAUAAAACCUGAUAGGCCUCUCUGAAAGUGCAGGGCACUGUUUUUUCAUCAUGAUAAAAGUGUUAUAAAUAUUUAUUGAAUAACUUAUUCAUAUAUUUAACUUAAAUAGAACAAAAUGAAACUUAAGGUGUUUAACAAUCUUUGAUAGAUCAAUUCAAUCGAGGAUUUUAUACUUUUGAAAACAAUGAAUUAUUUUAGUUCGGUGUUUACAGAUGGAUCCCGUCCACAGAGAUAUACAUGUAUACUAAAUAAAGUAGCCGUAUCUCUGUGGUUCGGGCUUACGAAAAAUUGUGAUUGAUCACAUCAACCUAAACUAUAUGGAAAUCCAUUAAUGUCAUAAUUUUCCCUUCAAGAAAUUUGCAGCAUGUCCUUUUGUUAAAAAAAUGUAAACAAAAUGGAACAUACUGAAUUGACAAUAAAACGAUGAAUGUAUGAAUAGACAGAUCUAGAAAUUUUUUAAAAAUUAAUCAUUUUAUAUGUUGACGUUGCUGGUUUUUCAUUGUUGUGGUUGAUCGGAUCAGUUGCAAUUCUUUGUAAGACAGUGCCAUGGUGUUGGUUUGAGCUAUGUUUUUUUUUUACCAGCAUGCCAACCAUAGCAACAAAUUGGGACUGAAAUCACCAGGUGCUGGGAUAUCAGUUAUGCGAUUAGAAUCAUGUUUAUAAACCCAUAUUUUGUGUUUUAGAGCUCGGGUUACUUUUGUUCCAGGUCAAAUCGGCACUUGCAACAACUCGGCCCUGCCGAAAAAAAUAGGUGCCGAGUUGUCCAUCGUAAAACACAAUCUAGCCCUAUGGUAAGAUUGAUAUUGAACAUGUUAAAAUACAAAGAAUCAAUUGAAAUCACAGAAAACAUUGCAAUUAAUUUGUAUUCAAUGCAAACAUUUGUCAACAAAAUAGCGAUCCGAUAUUAGACAACUCGGCACCUAAUUUUUCGGCGGGGUCGAGUGUUGUCUCAUGCAGGUGCCAAGUUUGCUGGUAUCCGGUCGCUACCCGGGAGGCAUGGUAGGCAGACUGAUUCAUGCUCCCAACACCGAACUUGAAAUCACCUCGUCGAAAAUGGCAACACAUUACGUAUUAAAAAAAAACUUGUUUAUGCAGUCGGUCAACACUCUUACAAAUAUUGGGUAAAAAUGUUCCAUGCGAGUAUAAUUAUGUAUCCAACAUUGAGCAUUUCUUUUGGGCAUUUUUAUUUAUCCAGUGUGCAGUAUAAGUAAUUGCUGCUCAUUUUUUUAACCUUACUGGACAAUAUGCUUCCCGCAUUGGGUAAAAUACUGCCCGGAAUUGGUUGGACACAUAAUUACCCUCGUGCUGGUUAAGAUUUACCCAAAUAUUUUUACAUUGAAUGUUCCAUCUAGCCUUUAAUCAUCUUGGUAUCAUUCGGUAUAAUUCAAAAAGAAACCCUGAUCACAGUCAUGUCGU